AUGGCAGCUAUUACUGCUGUCCAAAUCUGCCGAACCUGGGGUUUUGAUAGCACGUUGUUUGUGGGUGAUGCACAGCUGGUAGUGGAAGCAGUUCAGCAGGGGGCGCGAGGUUGGAGUAGGCGGCACCCUCUUCUCGAAGACCUUCACCAUCAUCUGCGUGAAUUGUCACACUGGAAGAUAGCUUACAGUGGAAGGGAGGCCAAUCGGCCAGCACAUGAGCUUGCAAGAAUGGCAACUAAAAGUGUAAUGGAUGCUAUGUGGGUUGUUGACCCUCCUCUCUGUAUUCAGAACCUUCUGUUAAAUCAGUUACCUGUCUGCAUGCUUAAUUUGUUCGUAAUGAUAAGCCAUAGAAGAAAAAUCAACUGUAGUAUAUUGUCUGCAAGUUGGUUGCUGUCUUCCAUCUUGUUCUUGUACAUAUUCUUCUUGUUUUCCUGUCGUGUGGAUUAUUGCUAUGCCACAGAUACUUUAAAGAAGGGCGAGUGGAUUACUGACGAUGGAAAUCAAACAACCCUUGUCUCCAGUGGCGGAACGUUUGAACUGGGAUUCUUUACCCCUAUCAACAGCUCUAGCCACAAUAGAUACUUUGGGAUUUGGUAUCACAAAUGGGAUCAACAAACAGUUGUAUGGGUUGCCAACCGAGCCGACCCAAUACUUAACGGUUCCACUGGAACUUUUGGAAUCGCAGAAGAUGGCAACCUCAAGGUAUUGGAUACCACUGGAAAACAAGAUUAUUGGUCUGUGGAUUUUGGUUCCUCGUCUACAAAUCGGACUGUGAAGCUCAUGGAUUCUGGAAACCUAGUCUUUAGCGAUGAAGAUGAUCAAUCGGCGACGAGUCUAUGGGAGAGCUUCCAAAAUCCAACUGAUACAGUUCUUCCAGGUAUGAACAUCUCUGAAUUCCUGUCAUUGACUUCAUGGAAAAGCGAUGGUGACCCGGGAUUUGGGCAGUUCAUGUUUAAUCGAAAUCUAGAAGUGAUUGGGGGGGGGGUGCAUUUCGUGGCUACGUUUACGUUAUCUCAAAAGAUCGUGACACAGGAGUGGAUUACUGGAGAAGUAGUUGGAUACGAGGCAGCUCAGAUAAAAUGCCCGAUGACAUAUAUAACUUGUUAUCAAAUAGGAGCAAUCGCGGGAAUUUUAGUUACGAAAGGAUAGUGAUGAGUUAUACGGGGGAAUUACAGUACUAUCGGAGCUCGGGUGUGGACCAGCUGGGAAAUUGGUCUUUGAUUUGGAGAAAGCCGGAAGACAAAUAUUGUAGCAUUUACAAUUUUUGUGGGAAUUUCGGCAGCUGCAAUAUUAACAAUAGGCCACUCGUAUGCAAAUGUUUACCCGGGUUCCACCCUAAUUUCCCUAAAGAUUGGGAUAAUUCUCGAGAUUUUUCUGGUGGGUGCACAAGAAAUUCGAGAUUAUUUGACGAAAGAGACAUGUUCUUGAGCUUAAAUAUGAUGAAAGUGAGCAACGAAGACUAUUAUGUAGCGGUUCCGAAUGAUACAACAUGCAGAAGGCUGUGCCUUAACAACAACCAGUGCCAGGCUUAUUCAAGUCCGCACCCAGUAUGCAUUAUUUGGACUUCGGAUCUAAGUGAUCUUCAAGAGGAGUACAUAGG